CGCGUUAACCCGUCGCUUACCUCGGUUUGGGUUGAUUUGACAUGUUAGAGAUUUUGUCCUAUCUACACGAUUCGGAGCUUGUGGCCCGGUUUCAGAGACGAUGUGGACUUGUCUUACUUACCGAGGCUGCGCAGAACGGAGAGGCGCGCGGUUUGACCCCUGGCGACAAAUCAAAUGGAGGGCUGAAGCAGAGACGUCAGGACAACAACUCCAACUACAAGUACAAGCGAAAUGGAUGCGCCGAGCGUGGAAGUCGUGGCAAGAGCUGUGGAAGGCAUCAAUAUGAGGUCAGGAACUGGCUGCUGUACUUCCUCUUCCUGCUCUCAGCUGGCCUCGGUCAUGAAGUUUUCUACAUCACCUGUUUGCCCUGCGUCCACUGGAACCUGGACCCCUUCCUCUGCAGACGCCUCGUCAACAUGUGGACUCUGGUGAUGUAUGUAGGCCAGGUGAUGAAGGAUCUGCUCAAGCUGCCUCGUCCUCUGUCGCCCCCGGUGGUGAAGCUGGAGACACGUGUUGAUGUGGAGUACGGCCUUCCCUCCACCCAUGCCAUGGCCGCUGUUGCCAUCUCUUUCUCCCUCCUGCUCAGUGCCACCUCCAGGCUGCAGUUCCAGUUUGAGGUGGGUCUCCUGAUUGCGGUGUUGCUUUCUUCUCUGGUGUGCCUGAGUCGUCUAUAUACGGGCAUGCACUCAGUUCUGGAUGUGAUAUGUGGUGUUUUGAUCUCGGCUGUCCUGAUAGUCCUCACCUACCCGUAUUGGGAGACAUUUGACUCCUUUCAGCUCACCAGUCCCAUGUCCCCUGUUGUGGGAUUGGUACUGCCCCUUUUCCUGAGUUACACAUACCCCAGGCUGGACCACUACAGCACCACACGGGGGGAUACCACCACCAUUCUAGGAGUGGGGGCCGGAUGCUCCGUUGGAUACUGGGUCAGUGAGCAGCUCGGGCAGACUUUGGAGCCACAAGGGGAGCUACCUGUACCCAUACCUGCACUAACCGCUGAAGCAGUGGUGAUGGGCACGGCCCGUUCCCUGGUGGGGGUGGUGCUAUUAGUGGGAACUCGACAGAUAGCGAAGAUGGUGAGUUUGGGGGUGUUAUAUUCUCUGUACAAAAUACCACAAUGCGACAAAAGUGCUAAGGGAAGGAGAGAGAUUGAAGUGCCCUACAAGUUUUUCACCUACACAUCUGUUGGCCUUGUCCAUUCUAUACUGGUCAAUAGAGUCUUGACUCUUUUGGGGCUGCUAUGAACUAAAUCUUUGAUUGUAUGUUCAAUCUGCUUAAGUACUGUCUUUUUUAAAUGUGCAAUGCCACAAAUGUACCUCAUAUUUAUCUCCAUUUUACAUGUAAGACUAUUUUAACAUCCCUAUCAAUGAUGCUUUUCAGUGAGGAUGGAUUCAUAUUUGUACAAAGUAUGACUGACUUAUGAGCUGAAAACAAAUCACUUUCGUGCGCCAUCUCAAAAAGCCGUGCAUGUAAUAUUUUCUUACAACAUAACUUGGUUAUGUGCGGUACGCAGUUGUCCAAAUUGAAACCAUAUCAAUACAAAUUUUCUGAUAAUCAUGACGGCACCUAUGCCAAACAUGUCCAAAAUUUACCAUUGCUCCACCACACCUUGAACCAGGCAUGCUCAGACCCGCCAAUAAAACCAGACUAAAACCAGUUCAACUGAAAAAGUUUUCAACUUGAUGUCAUGAGAACACCUUCUGUAUUUAGCAUAAAUCGGUUAUUCUCACUGGAAUCGAAUGGUCUACCUGUUGAAUUUACUGUUGCUUUCGCUCAGGGCCAGCAGUGCAGGACGUAGGCCUUCGGCUUUAGCAACAGUAAAAUUCAGAGGAAUGCUGGGGAAACCAGUCGGACUUCAUUUCUUUCAUGCACAAAGCUACCAGUAGCAACUUCACUAUGUAUAGACAAUACUGCUUGUAUCUUCUGACAAUUUAUGGGGGUGACUCAUUUUUUUAAACUAUGCAUUUGACGCAUGCAAAAAAAUAAAUACAAAGGUAC